AUGUUCGACACGGUCUGUACUCUGCCACUCUCGGCAGACCUGUUCACCCAGGCCAUUCACCCCCAAGAACCGGUGGUCUCGGUUGGGUUGGCGUCGGGCCAUGUCCAGACCUUCCGCUUACCUUCGGAGGAUGGAGACAGCGGUGAUGGAGCUUCGAACUCAUCCGCGCGCAAUGGCAAGGGACACAUCGAUACCAUGUGGCGAACGAGGCGGCACAAGGGCAGCUGUCGGUGCUUAGGGUUCGGGGUGGACGGCCGGGCGCUGUACUCGGCGGGCACGGACGGGCUCGUGAAAGCAGCCAAUGUAGAGACGGGCCAGGUGGAGAACAAGAUUGUCAUUCCUUUGGGGAAAAAUGGCUCGGUUGACGCUCCUACGGUCAUCCACGCGCUUUCGCCUCAAACUCUCUUGCUCGCCACGGACUCUAGCGCACUGCAUCUCUACGAUCUGCGCAUUCCCUACUCAAAGGUGUCAGCGCGGCCCGAGCAGUCGCACCACCCGCAUGAUGAUUACAUCUCGUCCCUGAUUCCUCUACCACCCUCUGAGACGAGUACCUCGGGCUUCAGCAAGCAAUGGGUGACAACCGGCGGGACGACCCUCGCGGUGACCGAUCUACGGCGAGGCGUCCUGGUGCGCAGCGAGAACCAAGAAGAAGAAUUGAUCAGCUCAGCAUAUAUCAGCGGUUUACCGUCUACUGGAACGAGCCGCGGCCAGAAAGUGAUCGUGGGCGGCUCCAGCGGUGUGAUGACGCUCUGGGAAAAGGGCGCAUGGGAUGACCAGGAUGAGCGGGUCUACGUGCACCGGGACGCAGAGGGAGGCGAGUCCAUUGAGACGCUAUCCGUCACUCCGGACUUUCUGGGCAAGGGCAAGCUGGUUGCCGCUGGUCUGGGCAACGGACUGGUGAAGUUUGUGCGCAUGGGGUCCAACAAAGUGGUUUCGCAGGUCAUGCACGACGAAACCGAGGGUGUCGUUGGCUUGGGAUUUGACGUCGAAGGACGCAUGGUCUCGGGUGGCGGGCAAGUGGUCAAGGUCUGGCAUGAUGCGGUGGGUAACGCCGGUGAAUCGGCAGGCGAUAAGCACAUGCUUGGCAGUAGUGAUGACAGUGAGGCCGAGUCCGAAGAUAGCGAUCGAGACGAGCGGCAGGGCGACAAGACUCGGAAGAAGCGCAAGAGGGUCAAGGGCAAGGACCGCAGCGCCAACCAGCAGGUCAUGGCCUUUCACGACAUGGACUGA